AACAGUGACGGAAAACUUUAAACUGUUAUAUUGGAGUGUUAUUGUUAAUUUGGGAAGCUAAAAUGGACUUAGAAGUGAAUGUGCAGUGUUGACCAUAACGAGAAGGUUGCUUUGCUUCUCUCGCCGUGUGAAGCAAGUUAUGCGUAGUGGUGGGAUACAGUGCGGAGGAAAGACUCAGGAUUAACAACAGAAAAAGGAACGGAAGAAAUUUAGUGAUUACAAAAUUGAAACAAGAAAAACAAAAAGAAGAGCUGAAAACAACAGUGAUAAAAGGAGAAAGUGAUUAAGUGGAACGUUUGUGUGUUUGUGUCUUCCUGAUCACGACUCGAGGACACUCACACACACACACACACACACACACACACACACACACACACACACACACACACACACACACACACACACACACACACACACACACACACACACACACACACCUGGAGACUACGGCACCUUUCAUCGCCGGCCGGAGCAACGCCUCGCUUCCAAGAGGCCAUCAUGGAAAUAGAGAAAGAGUAAGGGGGAGUGUCUCUUCCUUCCCCAUCACUCUUUCCUCAGCCAUCAUGUCACAUUCCUGGAGGGGUGCAGUGGCCUUGCCGCUCACACUGCUGGGUCUUGCUGCCCUGUGCCAAGCCACUUCUGUUCAUGACUACAAAUGCUUCAAAUUUCAGCGUUCUGGAAUAGGAACAAUUGAGCCAAAUGGUGACAUUAUUCUUGAAGUUGGGUCUUCCUAUGAAGCCUAUUGCCUCUUCAACCCAGCGAAGGUGCAGGUGGAUGAUGUGUUCUUUAAGACCACAGGGAAUGAUGGAAGACGCCUCGAUCAUGAAGUAGUGAACAGUUCUGCCAUCAAGGUGCAAGUGACACACAAUGAGCCAACACAGUACCUCCUCAAGUGUUCGGCAGGGGGUGAUAUCAUUUGUCGGCGCUCAGUAUUUGUUGGACAUAAACCAGAAGAUGUUCAGAAUUUCACCUGUGUGUCCAUGAACUGGGAGAGCCUGAACUGUUCAUGGAGUGUUCCUGAAAAUCCAGUUAAAGUUACAUAUUCACUCACGUAUGUUAUUCAAGACUACACAAAAGAGCCAAGGGACUGUCCUCAGAGGGAAAGGCAACAAAACUGGUGUUUCUGGCACGGAGUAGAUUUUGUUAGUGGACGACAAAACUGGACUAUAAUAUUUUCAGCAAUUAACAACCUUACUCAAGACCCUGUUGAAUUUAAGCAUAAUGUAGAUCUUUAUGCCAGUGUUAUACCUGGGAAGGCAAGCAACUUUAAGGUUGAUGCCCUUGGACCUCGGGAAGUAAUCUUGAAAUGGAAUCUCCCACACCCAAUUGAUGUGUUUACUGAUGGGAAAGUCACCCAAGAAAUCAAGUACAGAAUAAAGCCAUUCAGAAAUAUAGAUGACUACAGUCCUUGGAAAGUGAUUGAUACGUGGGAAUAUGCUCCCAAACGAUUUAACAGGAAGACCUUCAAUAGGACUAUAAGUGACCUUAAGCCCUUCGUUGAGUAUGAGUUCUGUGUGCGCCUACACACUGGGACGGGCCCAAUCCGAGAAGAAAUGUGGUCUGAGCCAGCUCUUGUGGUUAAGAGGACAAAAUCCACUCGACCAAUGGUCGCUCCCCUAACCACCCCAGGGAUGUUUGAGAUUGAAGAAAACAAACUACAACGGGAUGUCUACAUCAACUGGCAGACAGUUGAUCCCUUGGAGGAAAAUGGGCCAAACUUUACCUAUGAAGUGCAGAUGUUUGAUGACAGCAAUGGGAGGCGUUUGCGCAAUCCACAGAGCACUGAACGUGGUUUUAUAAAGUUUAGGAGCUUGGAAAAUACCAUAACUUACAGGGUUGAGAUUACACCUAUGAAUGAUCAUGGUCUUCCUGAAGAUCCAAAUGUGAAGUCAGUGGUGAUUGUGCCUAAUAAAGCAUCCUUGCUAGAUGUCCCAGACUACUUCAAGGUUAUUGCUUAUUCAGGGAAUGAUACCACAACUUACAUGGCAAGGUGGCAAAUUCCUGAGGUGACCCUUGCAAACACCAAUAUAGAAACAGUAACUCUAUAUUGGUGUAAACAAACAGAUUAUGAAAACCGUUGUCAGAAUAAAUUAAGAUGGGAGAUCAUCAGUGACCCAGCCUUAGGUGUGAAAAGUCUUACUGGCUACGAUCCUUCAUCUCGCCAUAUAUUUGGGAUUUCUGUCAACACCCACAAUUCAUCCAGCGGAAUUAAAUGGAGUGGCUGCAUUGCCACUCACGGUGAACAACAGCCUGCAAUAGAUGAAUUCAAUUAUACAAAUGUGCUUUCAUCAGAAGUAAAGUUGAAAUGGGAUCUUGAAUGUAAGGCUCAAGCUGCACAACCAAUUGCCUUCAACAUUUCGUACUGUGUUCUUGAAAAACUUGCAGAGAAAUGUGCUGAACCUGAGAAGUUCAUAAAAGUGGAUGGAGAAAGUACAGUUCAAUAUACAGUGAGGAACCUUCAUGCAUACAGAGACUACAGCUUUAGUAUUGCCACCAUAUCUGAGGAACUUGGUCUUGGAAAGUGGAGUCGCAAUGUUCGUGUGAAGACUAAACCUGCCAAACCAAGUGCUGCUCCUCAAAACAUCACUGUGGUCAGCAAAGGCAAAACAUGGAUCUAUUUAUCCUGGAAUCCUCCACCAGAACCACAACAGAAUGGAGAUAUAGCCAUGUAUGAUAUCUGGUAUAAAGUGAAGGGGUUGCCAAGUGUCCCAUCUUAUGUAAAAGACAAUGUUCUCCAAUACAAUUUCACAAGUCUGGAUGCCUUCACUGAGUAUCAAUUUGAUAUUUUUGCUUGUACAUGGGUCAGUAAUGAAGCAGCCUGUGGGAAACAUCCUGCAAGCAUUGAAGUGAAGACAAAAAUUGGAGCUCCUGGAAAAAUAAAUUCAUUACAAUAUGAUGCCCUUUGGUUGAAGUGGGAUCACGAUGAGUGUAAUGGACCAAGUUGUUCUUAUGAACUACAAUACACAAUCAAUGACACCAGCUUUACGUACAAUACUGCUAUUAAUAUUUCUGCUGUCCCCAUAAGAGAUCUCAAUAUAACAUGCCCAGUAGAUCAGGGAUACAUCCCAGUCAAGUUACGUGCUGUGAACACAGAUGAAGAAAAUCAACGUUUGACUGGACCUCAAGAGGAUUGGAAGAUUCCUAGCCCUUGCCAAGAACCAGGUUUGGGCAUUGGGAUCAUCGUGACUAUCGUUUUCCUGUGCAUCAUCACCACCCUGUUUAUCCUUGGCAUAUUCACCUAUGGAUGGGAGCAAGUCAAGACAUUCAUGCGCAAUCUAAAAAUAAAGCCAAAUUUGCCAAUCGGCCUGGCUCCACAGAAUCAGUCUCCAAGUAAGAGCAAAAAGAAGUGGUAUGCAAAUAUGUCAUUAAGCAAAGAAGCUAUAACAACGAACUCAUCAUCUUUCAAACCUUCAGAGAAGCAAGAUCUCAUUGAUCCUGGGAAUGAACGACAACACCGCAACUUCUCUGGAGACUCCGGGACAUCAGUGGCUGACCCAGCAGACUCUUCUGGCUGUUCCACAGGUGGGGACUCGGUGUCCUCCUCAGGAAGUGACCGCAUUCCCCCGUCCUCAGACUCAGGAACAGUGCAGGAAGAAACUGGUUUUGCUUCAGAAGUAAGACUGAGAACAGCCCCACCAUAUGUACUCCAGGGAUUGCCAGACAAGGUGCCUAGCAUGAAAGGUUAUGUGUCAGUUGGUUCUGUUCCCAACUUGGCAGUAUCAACAACAGAUGGAGUGUCCUCCUUGCAGCAGUCAAACCCAAGUCUUGGUCUAGAACCACUGCAAGAGGUGCCCAUGGGAGGUCGGCGUACUUCAACCGGAUACAUUAGUAUGCCAACCAAUGAGAGUGAUGGGAUGAGCUUUCCUCUGGAGGACUUAGGGAAUCUAGUUCUUCCUCAUGAACGUCAGCCAGGUGACUUACUGGCAUACUCACGCCACUACAUGCCAUACAAAAAGGCAUCUGAUUUCUCACCCUACUCAAAAGCUCAGUCAUUACCAUGGCUAAACACUGGCUAUGUAGCAGUUUCUCAGGCUGAAGAUGGUGGACAGGCUGUGCCAGGGGCACAAGGAUAUGUAGCAGUGGGUGAUGCCAUGAAUCUAAUGAAGAGGCAACCAUCUCUUCCUUCACUUCCAAUGAUUGUCAGUAAACCACUAACCACACCUGAUCAAGACCUACCUCCAGGGGCCUACUGCAAACUGGGUGCACGUGGAUCACCUGACCCACCUCCAAACUCCCUUGGAUAUGUUAGUGCAACUCAACAUAUGCCCAUGCCCAAUGCCUUAGCAAUGAGCCCUCCUGUAUAUAAAUCUCCUUAUGUUACUUGUGCAAUGGCAGAAUCGGUGGUGUCUCCUAAAAAGGAACCAAGGAAAACAACGGACUAUGUUGCUCUAGGUGACACUCCAGAUGGACAAUGGGCUCAUCCCAUUAUACAUCCCAUGACUCCAGAAGAGACAAGAGAUGUGCUGUCUGCCCCCGUUGAAGGCUCCAGAGGUCGAGUCAUGCAACCAGUUAGGCCAAACAGCUCCGAAACAAACAACAACAGAGGGAGCAAUCAGUUUGCCCCAUCAGGCCACUCUCUAUCAAAGCAGAGCUCAGGUUAUGCAUCAGGCAAUGUAUCCCAAGAAACGUUAACUUUUCAUGAUCCUCUUGUUAUGUCUCCUAAGAAGCUCCUAACACGUAGUUAUGAGCCUCACUCUGUAGUUUACUCACCCCAUCACAAGCCCUCAAUGGUGUGAAGUUUGUCCAAUUGUAAACUGUAUUGUAACAGUCAUUGAUAGAAAACUUCUCUUCCACUUCUCCAAAUAAGUUUUAACCAAUUUUAAAACUUAUUUUGUACAUUACGAGUUACUACACUUAUGCUUGAGGUGUCAUUUUAAGUUACUGCAAAAUUAUGCAAACUGCAAAAAAAAAUUCAAUAUCAGAUAAUACUGAUGGAUGAACUGUGGCUCUUGUCAGCAAUUGUUUGCCAGUGCCACUGAAUUGUUGUAUAAUUUUUAAGCUGAAAAGUGAACAGUGUAAAUGUUACCUCACUGACCAUGUGAAAGGUGCAUAGUGGAAGAUGGGCCAGCUUCACUUCAUUUUUCAUUUUUUUCUUUUCAUCAUUGUGGUACACUUUUAGAAAGUACAAAGACAUAUUCCCAAUAGUUGGUUUUGUGCCAGUAGAAAGUGAUGCAUUCACAGUCUAAGGUUCCAGUGUCAGGUUAGUGUUGAAACUGAUCAGGUAAUGUUACUUAAUGGUAUUUUGAAAUUUAUGUGCCAUGAUAUCUAGUAGAUGAACUACUAGAGGAGUUAGUGAUUGAUUUCAUUACACAAUCCAUAGGAAAUAUUGCUCUCACUUUUUUAACAUUCAAAUUCAGUGUAACUGCUUUUAACAAAAUUUCAUAUUUGGAGUCUCAUUGACAACUAGUUUGUUGCUAUAUUAUAGUUAUUUUAGAGUGGAUUACUAAUAUACAUCAGAAACUCAGAAGCCUCUCCAAAGAUCUUUUAACUGUGAGUCUUGAAAGUUGUGCAAGCAUUGCCAUUUUUUUUUUAAUUGAUGGGCAGUUUUAUGGUAAGCUCCAUUGUUUUGAAGCAUUGUUCUGCUGGUACAUGAAAGUGAACCACUACUACAUAAGGUGAGUGGGAUGACAGGUGUUGAGGGUGGCUCUGCACAUGAGGCAGGGGAGGCUAUCCAGUGUGGAAUCCUCAGCUCAUUGCAAAGUAUAGAUAGUUGACUGUGUGUUGAGAGUUUAUGCCACAUUUUUGAAUGCUCAAUAUAUCUCAUUUUGAAUACUCAGUUUCUGUAUAGAAGAGAGAUUUAUGGGUUCAGUGUUGUCUUUUAUGUUUACUGUGUGAGUUGUACUCAGAAGAGUAGGGAGUGGGGUGACCAAUGUAAACCAUUAUGCGUUUUCCUCUCCACUGCAGCAAGAGACCUUUAACAAUUGCUUUAUAUGUCUUGCAUUGUGAAAAAAAGUAAUUAUAUGUAUCAAGAAGAAA